CUGCAGUGUGUUUUGCUGAUGUCACGUAUGUAUGAGGCCGCAACACGAAAAGUUUUUGUUCGAUGCUUAGUGGCCCGUACAUUUCCUGUACCGAGUACUCAGAAAAAAGACGUGAGAGUCAAUUGAAAAGGUCCUUGCAUAACAAUGGCGCCAUGAUCCGGAUUGUAAAUACAAUACCGCGGUACCAACCAGAGCCAGACUAUGGGGCCUACCUGUAAAAAAAACAGGUGCGCCAGGACACGGUGAAGGUGCUACUCCGUGGGUACGGCACGACCUAUACCAGGGGAAACAUCUAUUCAAAUUUUCAUCGUGAAGUACGUUUAUGACUUCGAAAUGGCGUCCAAGGCGCUCCUGAGAAGGAAGAAAGAGGAGAAGAAGAUCUCCAAGAAACUGGUGGUGCCCAUAGAGCAAGAGCAGAUGGAGAAGUGCCCCGUGUUCAAGGUACACUACCUGGGCAAGAUCCCGGCCCGCGGAGAGUACGGCCGGGAGUUCAUCGACGAGUCGGUGGAGACGUUGUUGAAACUGAAGGACAGACAGUCCAAACUUCCCAAGACUGUCCUGCAAAUCACUGAGAGUGGAUUCCACUUCUUGGACGUCAACGGCCCUUUCGGGAAGGAGAAGCACGUGCUUAUACCCAUACACCACGUCUGCUAUGGCGUGGCCGACGAGCAGAAUCCCCAAGUCUUUGCCAUGAUCACCCGGACCGACUCCAAUCCGGAAAACAGCCUCCUGGAGUGCCACGCCUUCCUGUGCGAUCGCAGGAAGGUGGCGGCUCAGAUCACCUACUGGCUCCUCAGGACCUUCCUUCACGUCUUCGAGGAUUUGCAGAGGAGACGACGAGAGAGACAGGAGAGAAAGCUCAGACGGCAGCAGGAGGCAGCCCUGGACCCAGCAGCGAGCAUUGCCCGCCAGACGGCCGGGUUUCAGGACUUAACCCCCAGCUCACCGACAGAGACGAUAGCCCCAGACAUUUACAGCAUCACCCUUGAAGGGUCUAAAGAAAACGGUGGUGUGACGGCCGUGAGCUUGACCAGAAACCGACCUCCGAGCUUCGGAAAGGAAGCAAAGCCCCAGGAUAAUCACGUCGGGAGUCCCCGCAGCAGCGGGGGGAGGAAAUUCGCUACCGUUCCCGCCAUGAGAUUCGGCGCGAACGAAGACCAGGUGGGAGGUGGGAGUCGCUGGCGGCAACCCGUGCACCAAAUGCACAAUUCCCACGAAUCGCUCAACUAUCAUCCCCCCUUGAAGGUUAGCGUUUCUGCUGACCCUCCUAUCACACCGCACCGGAUCCGGAAUGAAGACACAAACCCAUCUCGGCCCCAUUCUUUCAAUGAGGGCAGACCGAACAUGACACCCAGUAACCUGCAAAGUGAAGCAGCAUCAGUGAAAAUGGAACCCUUGGGAAUCAAGGGGCUUUCGAACCCAAACGCUCCACUUCACCACCAGCAACAAGAAAGAGCGCGGUACAUGAAAAACCCAAACGCAGGACGAGCGUCCCCGUCAAAGACACCGGCGAAACGCGCCAAUCGUCCCCUGUCCUUCACUAGAACAAUCCCCUCCUCUUCCGGGAGCACUUCCCUUAGGAGCUCCGCGACCAGACAGGAGUCAGACUUCAUCUUCAUCGAGAUGUUGCAGGAGGAGUUCUCCGCGGUUGACGCAGCCAGCACCGAGCACAACUCCACCAUCCGACGGGUACCUGGUCCUCGUUCCUCCCAAGACCGCCAACUGCCCCUAACGGAUACCGUACCCGGGUCCGACUCCAACGCAGCGGCCCCGCCACUGAAUCAGAAACUCAGCAGCGAGGACAUCGAAAAGAGGAUCCGAGAAUGGCUGAAGCGGAAUUCGCCGGACGCGGAGAACAUUUCUUUCGAUGACAGCGGUCUCGACCGAAUUUCUCUAGCGGGAACUCUUGCUUAUCACAACUCCAAGCGCACUGCCAGUGACACCCCACGAUAUGCAUCAAGCACACAACCGACUCACUCGCGAAUAGACCGUCGAAGUGUCGCUGGAGCUUUCAACCACAUGCCAUCUGACAGGGAGUACUUCUAACGACUUGCUGACUUUCACCUGUGUUUCUCCCGCAAAUAACUACAUCAACUGAACAUUUUAAAAGCAUUGUGCAAUUUUUCACAUCCUGGAAACUCAAAUCUUGUUGACCCUCUUUACAGACAUUCUAAGAAUUUGUUCACGAUGUCCUUCAUACUUGUGAAUUCUGAACAGAUUCCUUGAGAGAAUCUUCAUAUGGAGCAAACUAAAAUCAAAACUUGUGCUCAAUGCCAAAUACACGAUUCAAGGUGACUGCACUUCAGAUUAAUGGGGAAAGCCCAAAAAUCCCCAUUUUCAUCUCGUCCAAAUUUUUACUUGAAAAACUUUACUCCAAAAUUAAUAUAAACUACCCCGAUACAAGGAUGGAACUGGCCUUAUGAAUUAUGGGCCAAGAGAAAGAGAAAAUGGUACGUUCAUUUUCACCCUCUGUCAUCUCAAAUUGUCUUAUGAAAUGGCACUCGAGACGUCAUAUUUAUUAUAGUCAUACACGUCAUGUACAUGUAGCGUUUUUUUUACUCUUCAGUGCGACCUGGCGGCGGCUUGCUCUAACCAAGGACAUACACAGCCUACCAGUCAAGUCGUACAUGUCAGCUUCGUUUUAAUGUUCACGGCUUGCUUUCACCGAGUGUUAAUUGCUUACCUUCCGAGUCCAUUUUCUGCUAUUACCCUGAAAGUAAGGCCUUCGUGCUUCAGACUCCAUGUCAUUCAGUAUCAUGGGUAGGAUACUGAACGAAUUUAACACGGUGAAAUGUCCCCGAUACAUAUUAAAAUAUGUCGAUAUGCACAUCAUUUACAAUAACAUUGUGUAAAAGAAGUCCGCUGAAUUUAUUUUAUGAGUAACAAGCACGUUUUGAAAUGAGUGAUAUAGGUAUAAGUUUACCAUUUUUGUCAAGAUUAAUCGACAUCUAGAAGCAUAUUUGUACACAGCAAAGACAAACAAAUACCACCAACAAGCAUGUGGCAAUUUGCUUUUAAACGUCAGGAUGGAAAGCUGUUGAAUGAUACGUUGAUGAGAUUAUGUUAAAGACGGGCGGAAUUAAUAAAACGAUUAAGUUUAAACAA